CAGGGGUUCCCUGCCAGCCGCACAGAGCGCCAAGUUUCUGCGUCCCCCCGGGCGCGGCGUCUCCCGCACACAGCAAGUGCACAAGGGGAGAGCCCUUCGUCGCGCCGCUGAGCCCGGGGGCGGCUACGUGGAAUGCCUCCCCCGGCCUCGCGCAGCAACGCAGCGGCUACGCGCCUGCCUCCCGCCCCGCGAGGACCCGGCGGGCUCCCACACGAACGCGACCCGGUCUGUCCCAUCUUUGUGUCCCCCAGCCUGGUGCAGCACAAACUUCCGAACACGCUGCAAGCACGUGAAGGUAGUGGAAGUCCCCUGGCCAUGGAUAAAUUCGUCAUUCGAACGCCCAGAGUCCAGAGUAGCCCUCGGAAGAAAGAUGCUGGAGGGAAGACUUACAGGCAGGCCACGAUUGAAUCUCUGAAGAGAGUUGUGGUUGUAGAAGACAUAAAAAGAUGGAAUACUAUGUUGGAGCUUCCUAAUCAAACCAAAGAGAAUCUAGUUGAAGCCUUACAAGAAUUAAAGAAGAAAAUACCCUCCAGGGAAGUGUUAAAAUCAACAAGGAUAGGUCAUACUGUGAACAAGAUGCGCAAACACUCAGAUUCAGAGGUGGCUUGUCUUGCCGGAGAAGUAUAUACUGAGUGGAAAACUUUCAUUGAAAAACAUUUGGAUAGACCUGCUAUUGAAGUUCGAAGUGAUCCCAAAACUGAGUCCUUUAGGAAAAAUGCCAAAAAAUUACUGUCAGAAGCCUUGGAAUUAAAGAUGGAUCACCUACUGGUUGAAAAUAUUGAGCGGGAAACGUUUCAUCUCUGCUCCCGCCUCAUUAAUGGGCCAUACCGGCGGACGGUGAGAGCUCUGGUCUUCACAUUAAAGCACCAAGCUGAAAUCCGGGCUCAGGUGAAGAGCGGCUCGCUGCCGGUCGGCACGUUUGUACAGACCCACAAAAAGUGACCCGGGGACGGUCCCAACCCUGGGCCAGGCAGAGAGGAAAUGGGCCUCUCUCUGCCAUUCAAAGACUCUUUUGAGUUUGGGUGAUGGCUGGUGAGGGCUGUGCUAAAUUUUCCCAUGGUGCCAUUCCUUCAGAGGGAGGAAGCAGAGAGCCCUGGGAGACAGGCCUGCAGGAACAUGCUUCAUUAGCUGUAGCAUGCUGCCGCUGCCUAACAGGACGCACACUGGCUGUCACUGGGAAGCGCCGUACGGUUGCCGUCACCCAACACGGUGAAAGGGUGAUGGAUUUCACUGUGAGUACGCCAAGGACACCUCUAAACUUCCCCAUGUCAGGCAGAUGAAGUUACUGCUUUAUUUCCCCACCCUGCAGGUAACUGAAACUCAAUUACUGCUGCUGCUCACUCGGUUCCAUCCCCCUGAGUUUAGAUAGCUCUGGUGCCUCUCAGAACUCCCCUUCGCUUCUCUUUGCUCUACCCCAGGGGUGAGCCUGCCAGAGCCAGCACACUACCCUUCUUUCCAGAGCUCACUUAUCUGAACGUUUCAGCUCUCCCUGGAAGACCUUCCGCGUUGGUCUUGGAGCCCCCAUGCUGUGGCUUCUAAUGAGGAGCUGGCCUCCAGCUCCCCCCACCUCGGGGUUGAUUUGAAUACGGCGGCCGCUCUUGGUCUGGGGCUCAGUGGAAGAUACAUAAUGAAAUUUCUCUUGAAAUGAAUUAUUGCAGUCGAAAAAACUACAUCCAUCCAUAAUUUAAAAUGAAGUACCUCUAUAUGGGCCUGUUUGAACAAUUAUGUAAAUGAUACUUGGUUUUUAAAAAUAAUAAACUGGGUUUUUUUUCCUAAAACAAAAGGAGUGGUUUGUGCAUUUAAAAGUAUUUUGAGUUGAGAAAGGGUUAAGUUAGUGAAAUUGAAGAGUGAUGGGACAGAAGUGUGAGGGAGGUAAUAACCCAGGGAGGGAUUUUAGAUUAGAGGAGACCAAAGCAAAUCUGUAAUCUAAAAAGAAGCCAGUGGAGAGGGGGAGAUUUAAAAUCCCCCAAAAGAAGAAAGGGUUGAGAAGCAAGAAUAGAUGAGAAAGGGCUAACAUUAUUGUCUUAGCUUUCCCAGUGCUAGGUACUUUUCCUAAGAUGAUUUGCUAACAUUUACGUGGAUCUUUUUAUAUUGCUUAAAGUCCUGUUUCAUUCUCUCACCUGCUCCGUGAAGGCAGCACUGUUUCAGCUUUUUAGAUGCACUCAUUUGUUCAGCAGCCGUUUGCUGAGUACCCAUUUCAUGGUGCACAGGGGCUGCUGAGCAGGAGCUCCACGCCAGCCCCUGAGGCUCCCCCAGCAGAGGCAUCUUGCUCAGCUUCCCGCUAGAAUAAUAGAGUGGGUACCAUGUGCCAGCACUGUGGUAACCUUUAUACCCAAUUAGGGAUGAGAAAAGGGCGGCUCAGAAAUGUAUGGUGACUUACUCAGGACUCAGAUAGUGCGCUACAGCUCUGAGAUUCAGAACCCAGGUCUCUGACUGUAGACAGUCUCCUUGGUUGAUUUAAUCCAUCCUUACAGUUUCUUUUUUAAAAAUUUAUUUUUACUUAUUUGAAAGGCAGAAUGACAGAGAUCUUCUGUCUACUGAUUUCACUCCUCAGUUGCCUUUAACAGCUGGGGCUCAGACAGGCCAAAGUGAGGAGCCCACAACUCCAUCUGGGUCUCCCAUGUGGGUGGCAGGGACCCAAGUACUUGGGCUCUUACCUACUGCCUUCCAAGGUGUGCAUUAGCAGGAAGCCAGAUUGGAAGCAGAGUAGGGACUUAAACCCAAACACUCUAAUAUGGCAUGCAGGUGUCUUAACUGCUGAACCAAACACCUGCCCCCAGCUCAUAUCAUAUGGUGAUACUCUAGUUUGUAUCUUUAGCCCAGACCUUUAGCCCUAGUUUCAGAUGCUAUCUCCUGGAUGUCGCAGGGACAUCUAAGAUGUAACAUGUCUUCUCUCAGUCUUCAGGUAGGAACCCCAGGGAGCUCAGCAGAAACCCACAUCUACUCACAGCUAGCCAUGUCCUAAACAUUUUAUUCCCCAAAUACAUUGGGAUCUCCUGCCUCUUCAUCUGUGCUAUCACAUCAGGACUUGCCCAGAAGACUACUUUACCUCCUAACUGCUCUCUCUACCCCAGUCUUGCCCUCUUCACAGUUGCCUCUCCACACGAUAAACAAACUGACAUGGCAAAAUUAGAGACCCCAGGCUGGUGGUGUGGUGAGCAGAUUAAGCUGCUGCUUGUGACACCAGUUGCCCAUGCUAGAGUGUGGGUUUGAGUUCCAGCAGCUCCACUUCUGAUCCCGUUGCCUGCUAAUGUGCCUGGGAAAGCAGAGGAAGAUGGUCCAAGUCCUUGGGCCCCUACCACCCAUGUGGGAGAUCUGGAGUUCCAGACUCCUGGCUUCAGCCUGGGCCAGACCCUGACCGUUGCAGCCAUCUGGGGAGUGAAACCAGCAGAUGGAAGAUCUUUCUCUCUCUUUGCUUCCCUCUCUAUCUCAUCCUGCCUUUCAAAUAAAUAAAUAAAUAUUUAAAGUGAAAACAUACAAAUACAAAAUUAGUGAUCCAUCACUUCUCCACUGAAACCCAUCCGUGGAUCCCUAUCACAUGUAGGGUAAAAUAUAAGCACCUUAACCUUGGUGUACAGGGCUGUCUAUGAUCUAGGCUAAUUUUACUAAGAAUUAAUAUAAAGGUCUCCUCCCUCGCCAUUCUCACCUCUUUCCAAGCUCUGUCCCCAACUUGACCCUCUGUCUUCACGAGGCUGCUUGCAGUUUCUGACUGCAUCAGAUUUCUUGAAGCAUCUGAGCGUUGUCAUGUGUUUCUGCUUCCCUAAUUCCUUUUCUGGCCCCUGCUGUAAAAGCCUUGUGUUCUGCUGUACCUGUGUUCCUUGCUUAUGCUUAGGACCCUGUCUCCCACUAGACUAACUUCCUUGAAGUCAGAAAGCCUGUUUUACUGGGUAUCUUAGGCACUUGGAACGUAUUUGUCCAUAGAGUAGCCCACAGAUACAUGUGGAAUUUACUGACGUCCAGAUGUCUGUGCUCUUCUUUGUUCCCCACUUAGUCUGUUAUCCACAGAGUAACCAGAAUGAACCUUUAAAAAUGUAAGACAAUCAUGUCUUCCUUGCUUAUAACCUCCCAGAGGCUUCUAUCUCAUUUGGCAUAAAAUCCUGAGCUCUUACUGUCUCCUCCAGGACCCAGAGUGAUGUAAGCCCUGGCUGCCUCUUUGAUCUCAUUUUCUGACAUAUUCGUUCAUUCUCUCUCUCUCUUUCAGAUUUAUUUAUUUAUUUGAAAGAGUUACAGAGAAAGGGAGAGACAGAGAGAGAGAGAGAGAUCUUCCAUUGCUGGUUCACCCCCAAGUGGUCACAAUGACCAGGGCUGAGCCAGACCAAGGUCAGGAGCUUCAUCUGGGUCUCCCAACAUGGAUGGCAGGGACUCAAGCACUUGGGCCAUCCCCUACUGCCCUCCUGGGUCAUCAGCAAGGAGCUGGACCAGAAGUGGAGCAGCCGGGACAUGAACUGGCGCCCAUAUGGGUUGCUAGCAUUGUAGGCAGCAGCUUUACCAGCUACACAACAGCUUCCCUGCUCUCUCCCUACCUCACUCCCCUGUGGUCCCCUGGUUCCCUUGCUGUUUUACAUGUGCAUCCUAAGCAUGCUCCUUCCUCGGGGCCUUUGAACUUACUGUUGUGAUUUCAGUGCUCAUUUCCCAGAUGUCUAAUUUGCAUGAUCCUCCCCUCACGAGAUUCAGGGUUUUGAUUUCUCUUAUCAGAACAGCCUCACUAAUUACCCUAACUAAAAUUACCCUCUCGACUACCCUUUAAUACUCCACCUUGCUUUAUUUUUCUUCAGAAUGUUUAGUACACUUUGACACACAGAAAUGGAGACACAGAGAAAGAUUUUCCAUCUGCUGGUUCAUUCACCAGAUGGCUACAAGAGCCAGCACUGGGCCAGGCUAAAGCCAGGAGCCAGGAGCUUCAUCGGGUUCUCCUAUGUGGGUGGCAGGGGCCCAAACAUUUGGACCACCUUCUGCUGCUUUUCCCAGACAUUAGCAGGGAGCUGGAACUGGAUCAGAAGUGGAGUAGCUGGGACACAAACCAGUGCCCAUGUGGGAUGCCAGCAUCAUAGGCGUCAGCUGUACCUGCUACACCACAACGCCAGCCUCACAUUUAUAUUUUGUGUAUCCCUCCACUUUAACAAUUGGAGCUUGAUGAAAGCAGAAUCUUUGGUUCCCUGCCAUAGUCCAGUACCUGGAAUACAGCUUGAUACAUUCUAGGUCUCCUUAACUAUUGAUUGAAUAGUUGAAUGACUGGUUAUGUGGUUGUAAGACAAAGCCAUGUAAUCUAGUCAGGGAAUGUUUCCUGGAGUAGGUGACACCUGUGUGCUGUCCUAAGGGCAGUAGUAGUUCAUGGGAGGGUGUAAGUGGACGCCUGGCAGGGAGAGCAGGGUCUGCAAAGACUCAGAUGGAGAUAACUGGAAGCUGAUCAAUGUGGCAGUAGAGGAGGAACACACAGGAGUGGGGCUGGAGCUGAGGCAGGAGAGAAAGGCCAGGCCUAGGCCCAGGACCAGAUUGGAAGGGACUUGAGAAUUGGGUAAAGACAUUGGGGCUGACUCCAAGCAGAAACUGGUCAGGUUUGUGUUAACAGGCUUUGUGAAGAGAAGCUGGGGCAGGAAGAGAGACUGGACAUAGGAAGCCUCAUAAUCAAUCAAAGAGUUUGCUAACUUAGGAAUCCAGAGUAAGUUGAAAACAAAGCGCUCUCUGGCUGAAAGUCUUCAGUGGUGAUGGUUAGAAAGUAGAGUGAUUGCAGAGAUGUGCUUUGGAGAUUUGGAAAGCAGGCCGUGUUGUUUAUGGCUGUUUUCUUCUUGAUGCGUCUACAGAAUUCCCAUGAUCACUAAUGGAGCUAUUCUGAACACUUGCCGAAGGGGAGGAGCCUUGCAGACAUCCUUGCCCACCCAAUAAGAAGCGCCUUGGGGCCCUAGCCUGUUAAAAAUGAAAGAGAUGUGCCUGAAAUGGGCAGAGAGGUAUUCUGGGGCCUCUGAGUUACCUGUAAAUCUAGGCGUGAACCCAUGUUUUCCAAGUGUGCUCAGUUUCUGGAGGAAGUUUGGGAAAGUAAACACCAUCAGAGUUGGCAUGGGCAGUUCACUGAUGCUUUUCUUGCAAGUGGUUAAAUUGGAGCUCCUUGUCUUUUGGUAGAGACUGAGUCUAUCUUUGUUCAUACACUCAACAAAUAGGUGUUGUUCAUCUUGUGUGUUAAGGACUGGCAGUGGGGAAACACCAGUGAAAUUUGAUUUUCAUGCUUGAGGACCUGUUUGGUGGGGAGACAGGCGCACCAGUCAAUAAUUAGGGCAUAGCAUAUUGGGUGUUCUAUAGACGUUUAUUUAAAAUACUGAGAAAAUGCAGAAAGGAGUGACCAACACUGCCCUGAGAGGAGGAAAGUACUUAUGUAGGAGAUCAUGUUUGAAACAAGGCGUAAGGGGCCGGGAGCAGUCUGUGUACAAAAGCAGAGUGAAGAUCAUGGCUAGUUUCAGUAAAGGCAAAUAGCACAAGGAAACUGAAGAAUAGAUUCUUCCGAGUGGUGGUGAGAAAUGGAGCAGAGCAGUCACCAGGGCCUGGAGGGCUUCAUCAAGGAGUUUGGCCUCGACCUCCAGAGGAUGGCAGUCUGUGAAAGUAUUUGAGGAGGCCAGGGCCUAACAAGAUGUGUGUUUCGGGGCCAGCACUGUGGGGUAGUGGAUAAAGCCACCGCCUGCAGUGCCGACAUCCCUUUGGGCGCUGGUUCAAGUCCCGGCUGCUCUACAUCCGAUCCAGCUCUCUGCUAUGGCCUGGGAAAGCAAUGGAAGAUGGCCCAAGUCCUUGGGCCCCUGCACCUGUGUGGGAGGGGCUUCUUGCUCCUGGCUCCUGGCUUCGGAUCAGCACGGUGUCAGCCAUUGCAGUCAUCUGGGGAGUGAACCAGUGGAUGGAAGACCUCUCUCUUUCUCUCUGCCUCUUCCUCUCUCUAACUCUUUCAAAUAAAUAAAUAAAUCUUUAAAAAAAUUAAAGACGUGUGUUUCAGAAGCAUGAGAAUGUUCUUGUACAGAUACCUAAAAAAGUUUGAAACAUUAAAAAAAAAAAUUUAAAGGAAAGCAAAGAAACACUUGAGAGUCAGUAAAUUAAAGUGUGUGGGUUUGUGGUUUUUUUUUUUCUUCUUCUUCUUUUUUUGACAAAUGAAGUUUAGAGUUGCCCGAACAGGUAUCAUUAAAGAGUUCCAGAUUUGAAAAAUGGCAGGAGGCCCAGAUAAUGCAUUUACUGUGUUUAUUGGUGAAGGAACAGGCAGCUGGCCUUUUUUCAUUUAUAGAAUAUAAUGUUCUUAAACUUGUGCCUGUCAACCUUGGUUUGCUUUUGCUGCUGCCUCAGGCCCCAGGGCCUCACUAUGAGAUUUGUAAUGUGUUUUGGAUGCGUUUAUCACAGCUCGAUGGGGCGAGGGCUCAGUUUGUUACUGCCCAGUCUUGCCGUCAAAGGGAGUCCAUCCAGAAAACAAGGAUUUGGGAGCUUCGAUUAGUUUAAGUAACACUGCCAUGAUUUCAAAGGAAAGACCAUUUGAUCGAAUGACAUUGUGUUUUCUUUUAAAUCAACCAAAAUGACAUGAUGCUGUCAGGGAUAGACUCACCCGUAAGCAGAGGAGACCAGUUUCAAGAGCCAAGAAGACUGUGGUACCCAUUCAAGUGCUGUUUUUCCGUCUUGUGAAAGUCACUCAUUCAGUGUGCAUGUUCCGAGUUCCUACGUGCCAAGUACAAGGGUCACAGGGAUAAGUAAGGCCGUCUCUGGCCUCAGGGAGCUUCCAGUCUAGUGAAGGAGACAGACAAUAAGCAUUAUGACUAACAGGAAUUCAAAGGAAAGGAAAUCAGAAAGCCAGUAAACAUUAAAAGAUGUUCAGCCUUGCUGGUUAUCGGGAAAAUGGCAAAGGAUUCAUGCCAUCCUUCAAGACCUAAAGGAUUCGGGGGCAAGGGGGUCCUGUAGCCCUCUUUUUUUAAGAUUUAUUUAUUUAUUUGAAAGAGUUACAGAGAGAGGAGAGGCAGAGAGAGUGAGGUCUUCCAUCUGAUGGUUCAGUCCCCAAAUAACCACAAUGGCUGGAGCUGCGCCGAUCCAAAGCCAGGAGCCAGGAGCUUUUCUGGGUCUCCCACAGGGUGCAGGGGCCCAAGGACUUGGGCCAUCUUCUACUGCUUUCCUAGGCCAUAGCAGAGAGCUGGAUUGGAAGUGGAGGAGCCAGGUCUCAAACCGGCACCCAUAUAGGAUGCCGGUGCUUCAAGCCAGGGCGCUAACCUGCUGCGCCACAGUGCCGGCCCCUCAUAGGCCUCUUUUUCAGUCAUUGGUCUGCUCCCCACAGAAACUAGUAGGAUCCUGAAAGGGGAUUACAGCAGAAUCCACCGAGCAGUAGUUCCUGUGGCAGCUGUGCCAAUGCGGCAUCUUUCUCGAGUGUGUCAGCAUGUUCUCAGGUACGUGUAUGUUGCUAUUGAUGUGAAUGAAUUCCUUUCCCUUCCCUGCCAGAAAGGAAAGUCAGAAAUCGUUCGCAUUUGCUUGCAACAGGCCGAGUACAUUCCCCGUGCUGCCUAGGGCUGGCUCCCUUGCCCUCUCACAAUAUGGUGUGAAGAGAUCUGUGCUGCCUAGGCAUUGUGCAGAACGUCUCACUGCUGCAGCGUACUCUGGGCCAAAGGAGCGAGAAACAGCAAGUAUCUUAGAAGCCUGAAUGAGACACGUGCUUUCCUGAGAGGGUGAGGAAACCCCGUGAAAAUUCAGGGGCCUGAUAGACCAGUAACAUUUUUUAGGGGCCAGUGGACUCAGAUAUGCGAGGGACAUUCUCUCCAAAGUAAAAGACAAAUGAGAACCAGCAGGUGGGAAAUCUGUUUGUUAAAUAAAUAAGUGAGUCUUGGGACGUGUGUUGUGGUGCAGUAGGUUAAGCUGCAGCCUGCAGCACCAGCAUCCCACGUGAGCACUGGUUUGAGUCCUCACUGCUCUGCUUC